AUGCAUUUCGCGGGCGCUGUGCUGGUAUUCGCACAACUUGUACGUGCGUACGACGACCGUUACUUGUAUCCCGAGCUGCGGAGUGACUUGCAAGAAUACCAGGAUAGCAGCCGGUGCUACCCUAACGACGGAAACUGGCACCUAAUGUACCGCAACUACGACUACGACCCAAACAUGGGGGGAGAAGCUAAGUGUGUUACAUUCAGCACGUUUGGAAAGUACGAAAACUUCACAACGCCUGCAAAUUUCGCCUAUGGCUAUUCUGAAACAGUGCGUGGCACGCUGACACUCGGUUCAUCGUCAUGCUACACUGCCAAAAACAAGAAGGAAUUUGUUCCUAACGAUGAUAACGCUUCUUCGGAGUCGUUCCAUGCCAUAUUUAUGGACUGUGAGAGUUGCUUUGUUGGGCGGCACCCCAAUGCUGGAGAUGGACGCGGCUGUACCUUGUGGCGUCGUUACGACUCCCUAGAUCGCCGACUCGACUACUGCGAAUUUAUUUACGACGAAAACUGCGGCUCUUCGCCUAAGUACAAAAUGUACGACUCGACGUGCACAUGGGAAACAACAUCGCUUACGGAAGCACCUGAAGAAAAUUCGGAAGCCCUUGAAGAAAGUUCGGAAGCCCCUGAAGGAAAUUCCGAAGCCCCUGAAGAAAGUACGGAAGCCCCUGAAUAAUGCGGGUUUCAAGAUUAACGCGUCAGUUUUCGAAACAAACACCAAACCGAACAUCAGUUCCGGCAGCUAAAUUACUCUAUAAACAAACCCGGCAAUGCGACAAAAAAUACUUGACAUUCGCGAACCAAACGAAUGCCAAUAUUCCAUUUAUAUAGCUCGGUCCUACACCACCGUGACUGUGACAUAAGUAUAACGUCAGAGAUUUCACUUUAUAUGUUCGCUUACUUGGCUCGUUUUGCUAUCUCUUUCUGCUGUCUUCCACUCCCGCUGGUGCAACCCUCACGCGGAAACUUCGCCUCCAAGCUCUUCACUUCGCCUCCGCACCCUCACCCAGACCCUAACUUCGAGGAUGCAUGACCACUCUGUUUUUCUUUGUGAACAAGCGCGUUAGAGACUGAGCAAGCUACAAAACGAGCAGUACGGUUGAACGAGAGGUUCUUUGUCGACUUAGUCCAAUUAGCAAUUCAGCAAAGAGUACUUGUAAAUGGGCUCAUAAUGGCCGAUAGCGAGGAUCCGUAAUGGCGUCGCGGCACUUUUUCUAGUGAGUAGGUGGCGUCAGUGGGACGCACGUAACAUAAAGAUUUGCCGCUUCGCAUUGCGCCGUCGGUGCUCUGUCACUGGCAGGGUCGUUGGCGAAGGGAGGUGAUCUUUACAGGACGUGCUGCAUGGGCCCGCUCUGCGUAUGCUCCACCGAGCAAUGAACAUGUACGCCAGUGUAUCCUGUAAAUGGUUGUUUUGCAAUAAAACGAAUUCAC